AUGGGCAAGGCAUGCAUCAUAUACCCGCGCUACAUGGAUUCAGAAGCGUCCUUGAAAGACGGACGGCGCCUGGGAUUGGAGCACAGCGUGCCACGGCCGUCGUUGGCGGAAAUAGAGGCAGCGGUACGAAAGGUCUAUCCGUCGGCCCAGGUCCUGGCCGAUCGGGACAAGCGCUAUCCCAAGGGCGCGGUGGAGGCGCACGAUCUGGGAUACCUCAAAAUUGACAAAGAGACAAUAAAAGCCGCCGGCGGUAAGCUGGAGCUGCUAAAGUCUUUGCAGAAGCACAUAGUGGAAGCGCGACAAGAGGUCAUAGACACGCUCAAGCAGCCAGAGGCCGCAAAGGUCACAUAG